AUGGAUCCGAACAAUGAACCAACCGAAGAAAGUCUUCCUUCAAUAAAUUUGCUUCAAUUAAACAAUACUGAAGAAUUCCCUGCACUUUCAUCCAACCCAAAACUUUCCACACAAAACUCCUUCGCAACCCCACCUAAUUGGGGAUCAUUAUUUGCUUCGCAAGUAUCAAAAAGAUCUCAACCCAUAAAUCAAUCUACCCUUCCGCCUCUUCCUGUUACUCCCACCAAAGAAAUGACAUCCCCCAAAGAUGAUUCAGUCGACGAAAAAGAAAUCCAAGUUUUGUCGCCCAACACAGCAGAAUGUAUGAGUGUUCUAUCUACAGAAACUAGUGAAACGGCUGUUGAGGCAGAAGAUGCCAACACACCUUGGGAUUCACCUACUCAAAAUGGAGAAGACGAUACUCCUGCGAUGAAAGAAGAAGAAUUCGAGAAUGAGACUGCCGUGCCUUUUCCGGAUUUCGUCGCAACAAAAACAUCAAGCCCUUCUCAAAGAGAAGUUCCUCCAUUCCAAUUUCCAGCUGUGGCAGGAAAGUCAGAGAGUGAUAUUUAUAGCGCUUCACCAGAACCCAUGAAGACGAAAAACACAGAGGUUGAAGAACUAUGCGAGGCAGAACGUCAUGAUACUCCUUCUUACAUCAGAGGAGGUUUACCUUUAUGGGACGUUGUUGUAAAUGAUCCACAUAGGGUGAUUCACGCCAUCAAGCACAUGAUGCAUGGCAUUGUUGUCAUGAGCAAAGCAACGGGUGCACCACCUCAAGAAAUCAAAACAAUUAUGGAUAGCCAUCUAAGCACUUUGAGGCAAAUUGAGAUUCUAACAGAGAGGGAAAGGGUUGCCAAAUUAGCAUUAGAGAUGAGGCAGGCAGCAGACAGAGGGGCACAAAUGGCUCUUGAAAAGGAACGUGCUAUCACUGUCAAAGAGAUGGAACCUUCAAAGCCAGCUACCAAGUUCAACCCUGGCGCAAAGCCUUUCGCUCCGUCAAAAUUUGUGGCUUUAGACCCCAGGCCUCCCAUGCCUCUGUUUGCAUUAGCACCUGCUACAAAAAACCCACCCCCAUUGAAAUAUUCCGUUAUUCAACAGCCAGGUUUUAUGGUAGAACAAAGUCGCGCUCAACGUACACAGGUUAAAUUUCACCCAUUUCUCAACAGAUCGAGAACCUGGUCGACACAUCGCCCUUCAAACAUUUCAAUUAAUACUUACAGUCAUUUCGAUGCAUACAACCAGAAGCCACCAAUGCCAAUAUUUCUUCAGCACGCACCGUCGCCAUCCUUUAUGGCUUCGUCUCAGCUCUCGUCAAAUUCUCUAAGUUAUUCGGAUAUUCAACAGGAAGAGAUGAUCCAGGAUCCUCCAAAUUCAUCUACUCCAGUGGAAGAUCAAGAUGAAGCUGAUGGGAAUGUUGACUCAUUGUUGGCAGAUAGACCGGUGCUACGAAUACCUGUUGCAGGAAAGACGGAUCAUAAGUCUACUCCUAGCUCACCGACUAGACAAUUGUCUGCAAACACUUCGCUCAAAGCUACAAGCACAAACACCAGUCCUCGAAGAAAGGUCUUCAACGUUCAAGCAACCUUUCAACAACAACAAGCCUACGCACAGAAGGUAUUGUUGAAAAACUUUAUUCCUGCAACAGCCGCAGCAGAUGAUAUCAAGAGAGUUGAAUUGCAGCUUCCACGAACUCACCGCCAUAUAUGCCCUUCUUCUUUGUCUUCUUCCGACUUCCAAUGCCCAAUGCCAAAUUGUAUGCUCCAGCGCAUCUGCCCAGAUUUCACAAGUGAGAACGGUUGCUCAUAUCGACCACCCCCUCUCAGCGACUGGCCUUGGAACUACCCACCCCGAGAACCCCCGAUCAAUCAAUCUCAACAGUGUCCAUACGUACAUAUCCCAGGUACCUGUCUCCAUUCCCUCUCUUUUUUCCGUAUCCACUCAGUAUCCAACGCGGCAUCCAACUCAACAUUGGACUCCGCACCUUAUCCCACAGUAUCCAACCACUAUUGUCCCGUCCCCAAGUGCACCAUAACCCGCUUCCACUCCUGGGGAUGCGCCAAAGACUGGAAAACCGGAUUUGCAGUUAACGGAAUCACACCUUGCGCUCCCAACCAGGAUCAACCUUCUCUCGCAGAGAUCAAUACCGAAUGGCGAUGGAGAGUUUUGAUGGAAGGUCUACGAUUUGCACACGAGAGGGGACAAUACGGUUGUCAGGGUGGAACUAUGCCGGUCAAUGCAUCAUUUCCAGAUGGUCAUCAGGGUGCGGAUUCGAGGAAUUGGGCGCCAGAUAGUUAUACUGAGAAGCCCAAGACGGAGUAUAAGAAUGCGUAUAUGAGAGAGAAGGAGAGAGGUCGCGCGAGAGAUGGUACUAGAAUGGGGGGAAGUAGGGGACGUGGGGACAGGGGCGGUUCUUCUGAUAAGAGACGAGAGUUUGCGAGGGAGAAAUCGACGAGAUCGGCUUGA